AUGUCUCUCCAGUAUGUAUCUGAUGAAACAGGUGCCUAUUUAAUAGACAGAGACCCGACCUACUUUGGGCCAGUGCUGAACUAUCUCAGACAUGGAAAGCUGGUUAUUAACAAGGACCUGGCUGAGGAAGGUGUACUGGAAGAGGCUGAAUUCUACAAUAUCACAUCCCUAAUAAAACUGGUAAAGGACAAAAUAAGAGAAAGAGACAGCAAAAUCUCACAGGUGCCAGUCAAACACGUGUACAGGGUGCUGCAGUGCCAGGAAGAGGAGCUCACUCAGAUGGUUUCCACAAUGUCCGAUGGCUGGAAAUUUGAACAGCUUGUCAGUAUAGGUUCCCAGUACAGCUGUGGCCGGGCCCAGCAGGCAGAGUAUCUGCUGAUAGUGUCACGGGAGGUGAAAGGGGAAGAGAGAUGCUUCCAGAAACGCUGCAGUGAGCUGGUCAGUAUUGGUUCUUCCUAUAACUAUGGCAAUGAAGAUCAGGCCGAAUUUCUGUGUGUUGUCUCAAAGGAAUUGCAUAACACUCCCUAUGGCACAACCAGUGAACCCAGUGAAAAAGCAAAGCUGGAAAGCAGCCUUACACUUACCUCUGAAGUGUUGCUUCUGCAUGGCUGAAGAAGAACCAACAUUAUUUUCUUAACUGAUGCCGACAGCAACUACAGCUGAGGUAGAAUAUGUUUUUUUGCCAAGUCUUCAGGAAUGGCUGCAAGGAAUGGAUCACAUCUGAAGCUUUACUGAAAACUGGCACUGCACUGGAAUUGAAUGCAAGGAAAGAAUAAUCUCAAGUGUUUCAUUUUAAGUUGGAAGGAUUCACAAAAUGAACAAAUCCAUCAUUAUGUGCUGGCUUCAGCUACGUCUUUGCCUCUGUUGGAGGUUGUGUUGCUUACAGAGGGCAUUUGCUGGGUCCAGCUGUUCCCUGCUCUGUGGACGUCUCCUCCAGUGCUUCCUUCUCAGCUGUGACCAACAGGAAAUACUCAAGGAAAGAGCUGAAGUAUGGAGCAUUUAUGAAAUUAACUCCUGAUAUAUUUGCCCACCUUCCGCUAGGCCUCAGUUUAGGAAUUUUGGCUUCAGGCCUGUAUGUAUGAAAGCUACAGUGACCCUGUGAUACCAUGAGUAGGUAUGGAAGGCUCUGUCUUCUCUAAGUUUGUCCAGUCCCUUUUAAAUGUAUUAUACUGGUAGUUGCUAAGUGAUUUUCAGGGCCUGGGUUUUCCUCACAGAAUUCGAUUCUACUUUUCCUACAGUUUCAGAUUAAAUGCUUUUUGAUUAGUACACAUAGUAAAUUAUCUUAAUAUAUCUAAAAUAUACACUAAAGCAUGUCAUGGCCCAUGGGAAACAUCUUUCUGUAUUUUGGAAAUGUAUCAAAGUAGCUGCAGUGACAUCUGGCUUCAUAACCCCAAAAAAAUGAUAUGAUUUCAUUUCAUUUGAAAUGAAAAGGAACUUUGUACACACAAAGCAAGAUCCAGGUACUGCACGAAGUGCAGUGAGCAAGUGGUAAAGUGGAUUUAUUUAUUUAUUUAUUUAUUAAGCUCCCACUGCCUCUGAACCAUCCCUGAGGCGUCCAAAUGGUGACAGGUUCUUUAUGAACUCCAGUCCUUAAAAAAAACUGUGGAAUUGUGCGAAGCAGGGGAAACCCUACUUGACCACAGUCACUAGGUAAGACAUACUAGGCUUGAUGACUGACAGAGGCUGAUGGGUCAAAUUAUCAACAUUUUAACAGUAUUAAAAAUAAUACCUAGACUUCUUUUAUUUAAAACCACACAAGAAACAGCUGUGCUGUGCUAAGUGGUUGCCAGCCUUUGUCCUGAAGUGUUUGCGUGUGCUCCCUGAUUCCGUGGGUCCUCUGGGAUGUAGUGUGUUACUGCAGACUGGCAUCGGUGUUUGUCAGGAUAUCAGGCUGCACUGAAGUCAUCACAGGAGGAAAUUCUGCAUUGGAGACAGCUAUGCCGUGGUCCAGGGGUUGUGCCUUUGCUUUCUUUCAGCUUUUGGAAUCAAGAGCCCUUCCCAGUACCAGGAAAACUGUCAAGAAGCAAAAGAAAAUGAAGAAUCAUUAGAGAUACCUUUACUUACAGAUUGACAUUGUUAAGAACUUGCUCUCAGUGCGUUGGAAGCUUUGCUUGAUCUGGCUGCCGACACAAUUGGUUCUACAGUUUGCUUGAGGGCUCCCCUGCAGUACUGCGCAGCCAGGAGUUGACCUCGUUAUUGCUGAUUGCUGUCCAGGUUAGCGUGGCAACAUGAGAAAUGUUGUUGCUCGAAUGCAGUGCUGAGGCUUGGAUCCUUUCCUCGCUGGAGGAGCCAAAGAGAAUCGAAACAGAAAAGGAAAGAAUAGUCAAAUUAUUUUGCAAGAACGAGGUUCCAGGAUGUGAAGACAGUAUUGAACAGUGACAAUUUUUUCUCUUUUACUCCAAGACGCAGUGAAUUGUCACACUGAAGAGGCUUGGCUGCAAAAGAAAAAAUCCGAUUUAGACAAUUUUCUGUUGAUCUGGGUUCAACCGUUUUUGCCUAUAAGCUGGUGUCAACUGGCUGAAAGCAUUGCGAGAUUACAUGAUGGGAAUAGAUGGUGUGGGAGUGUGUGUUAAGUUUUGGUUGUAGUGCAUGGUUGUACUCUCUCGUGGGGUGACUGACACCGGUCAUUUGAAAAGAAAUGACCAUGCACUCACAUUUUCCUCUGAGACAUGUAGCACUUGAUGUCUGGUGCUGGAUGACCCAAUGUUGAUCGGUUUGGAGGCAUUUUCCUACUAAUCAUUGUAAACAUUUAAAGGACAAUGUAAUUGGUGCUACACACACACACACACAGACACACACACACACACAUUACAGCCCACAAAUGCAACUACUUGGGCCUGCGUUGUUCCAGAGCAGUGGCGGCCCCAGCUGACCGUGUUAUACUGCACAUUCCUUAUGGCUCUGUGAUGUUCUCUAUUAUGGAAUAACAGCCUAGGAGAUAACUGAAAUGAGCACGUAAAAAGCUACACAAGAGACAAAAGGUUUCUUUAAAAGAAGGGUGUAUGUAUUGACUGGAUUUAUAGCAUAUUUUAAUACCCAAAGGGAAGACUAAACUCAGAGAAAAUGGCCUUCAUCUGAGUUGCUCUUGAUGUUCCUUCUGUUAAAACAGUCUCAUCCUGCAAACGGUAUGCUCCAGUCUCAACCAGAUGUUUGGAAGGGGAAUCAAAAUUCACUUAAAAUGAACAACUGAACAUUCUGUUUCUUUCGAGAUGUUUGUACUCGCGUGUUUGUGCUUUUAUAAAACGCCUGUAAGCAUUGAGCUCUGAGGUUUAUGGUAGAGAUUUUUCAAGAGCUGGAGGCUGUACAGAAAUACGGCUGGCUGCUCCUAAACCCCUCUUUCUAUGACUGGGAUUAAAAUCAACCUUGAGUGUGAACACAAGCUCACCCCAUUGAAAAACUUAAUUAUUUCAGACAUUCAGGAUACCUGUAAUCAGUCUUUCUCUUUCCGUACUGUUUCAGCUAUGCAGUUAAAGAACACUGUUUGAAAACAUCUGGUGCAGCUUUAUUAGUUUGUCCUUGAUGAAGGCUAAUGCACAAGACUGGAGCUUUUUUAAUACACUAUGUUUUGAGCAAAACCUUUAGCACAUCUUUAAAACACUUAACGAACUUGACAGUAUAAAACUCAGCUUCAUUGGCUUAUGAAAGCAGUGGAAGGGAGUUUCAAAAGGCUACGAGAUUGGUUUGAAUUCUAAAGACAUUGCAGUUUUCGUUCUUGGUAAUGUCAAAAUUUAUGCAUGUGCUCUAGGUAAUCCUUGACACAAAAGCCUGAUUUCCAAACACCUAGGGUCUACUUUUUUUUUUUUUUUUUUAAAUUAAAGGACUUAUUAUACAUUGAUAAAAGUUUGGCAGAAACAAUUUGUAAAAAUCAUUUCUACUAAGCAGGUUAAGCAAUGGGCUAAAUGUUUUGCCCAUGCAUACAAUGCUUGAAAGGGUUUGUAAUGCAUUUUGCGACUCGGAUGUGGUCUGCACGGGAAGCUGCCGGCCCCUCCACAACAACACGUAAAACGUUUGUCUUUUUUUAAGAUGUUAAAACUGAAUUGAAUUUACUAAAAAUGUAAUUGUGUAGGGGGAAAUGUUUAUACUUUUAUACUUUUUUAGGCACCCAUAUUUUAUCAGCUUAAAUUUAGCACCCAAAUUUCCCCGAAAUAGUAACAGAUUAUCUUGUGUAUCUGAAAAUAAGCGUAACAGUUGUCUGUGUUAACUGCGUAUUAAAACGUUUCCUCUGCUGCAGUA